UGAUGUUUGGAGUCUUAUAUUGUUUGGAGAUCAAACUUUGAACUAGCGAUAACAAAUCCGGUUUAUGAUUAUCAUAUUUAUUUAUAAAAAUAGGUAUUCCUUGAUAAGUUCGCUAUGUAGCUAUCUUUUACAAGAACCAGUUCAGUUAAAACAAUAGAAAAUUUUAAGUUAGAAUACUUUGAACAAAGAGAAGUUGUUACAAUUUGUUGGAAAUGCUAUUGGUUGAUAAUGUAUUAUCCCGUGUAUUCUAUGGAGUUAGGUUUGUUAUCUGCAAAAACCCACUCAUCCAAAUAAUGGGUUCGCUUUUCCCAUACUCUUCAAUAUACAUGCUUAAGGUGUCUGCAGGAAUCUGUGUGUUCUAUAUCACAGUCAAGGCCUUGGGUAACAGAAGGCAGAAGAGGUUAGUGAAGAAGACAGUCAGCCAAAAAUUAAAGGAAGUUUCCAGAAACAAAGGGAGGCUAGAACAAAAUCUGACUUCGGUUAACCAAACAAAUAGUUGUGUGGAAUUGGAAAUUUCUGUUCUUUUGCAGAAACUUCAGGAUGGACACUUGAGUUGUGUAGAAGUUUUGAGAGCAUAUCAAGCUAAGGCUUUGGAAAUAACAACUGAAUUCAACUGCAUCACGGAAUUCAUCCUAGAAGCUGAUGAAUGGGCUAAGAAGCUAGAUGCUGAUGCAGCCCUUGGUGGAAAGAAAGGUCCACUUCAUGGGCUGCCGUUCAGCGUGAAAGACAAUGUCGGUAUAAUUGGAUACGACAGUACAAUUGGUAUUUCAAAAUUUAUCAAUCAACCUUCUACUGAAGACGCCGCAAUAGUUAUUGCCUUAAAAAUGCUCGGAGCAAUUCCGUUUUGUAAAACCAAUAUCCCGCAAACAAACAUGAGCUUUGGGUGCAGCAACCCUAUUUGGGGUUUUACUAUGAAUCCAUGGGACAAAGAGCGAACACCCGGUGGUUCAACUGGAGGAGAAGCUUGUCUCAUUGCUGCUGGCGGAUCACCGAUAGGAAUCGGUUCUGAUAUUGGAGGCAGUGUCCGUCUUCCGGCAGCAUUUUGUGGAAUAUACUCUAUCAAACCGACUACUUCAAGAAUCAGCAUGAAGGGAUUCAAAAAGGUCGCUGUAGCCAAUGUCGGAGUUGCAUCUGUUCCAGGAAUCAUGGCUCGUGAUUCCCAAACUGUUGUAACCGUUACAAAACUUCUUUUAAACGACAAUCAUCUCCAGAUUCAUGGUGAUCCUGACCUGCUACCCAUUCCUUGGAAUGAGAAAAUGUUUUCAGAAAAAAGAAACCUUCGAAUUGGUUACUAUGAAGAUGACGGUUUCUUCCCUACAACCCCUGGAAUCCGCCGAGCCAUCCAAAUUGCCAAAGCUAAAUUAGAAGCAUCAGGACAUGAACUCGUCCCUUUCCUUCCUCCGCGCGUCGAAUAUGUACUCAACUCUUUUAUCAGCAUACUGACGGCCGAUCAAAGCAGAUAUUUACUCGAAGCACUUUCUAAUGACGACAUUGACCCAGUUCUUAAACCUACUCUGUUUGCAUUGAGUAUUCCUACCUUUGUUAAGCGACUCGUGGUUUCCCUUUUUUCUGCCAAAUUGAUGCCCGUCUACUUAGGUCUUGGAGGAAACAGAAUCCGUGAAACCCACCAGCUUUGGAGCGAAAUUACAAAGAAGAAUUUGUACAAGGAAGAAUUUUUGUCGCAUUGGCGAGAGCAAAAACUCGACCUGUGUAUAGGACCAUGUUUCGCUUGCCCGGCUCCCCGUUCUGUAGAUGUCAGCAAGCUUUCCCCUGCUCUCUCGUAUACGAGCCUGUACAAUUUUCUUGAUUUCCCUGUUGGAAUCCUACCGAUUGACAAGGAAAACGUUGAAGAUCAAGCCAAGUUAGAAGUCGAAUACAAAUAUGUUGACGCGGUUUGCUAUCUUGUUAAAGCGACUACUAAAGGGGCUACAGGAAUGCCGCUAGCAAUCCAAAUGAUAGGACUACCCUACCAAGAAGAGAUGGUUCUUCGUGGAAUGGAAGUUCUUGACGCCGCGAUGCGUCAAUAAUAUUCACUACAAAAAUGCAACGCGCAUUGUGUUAUUAUUUAGAACUGUAGAAUUAUCUAGUACAUUAAGUAUUAUUUAGCAAUAUCAGUUCCUUCCAGGUAUAAUUUUAACGCAACUUAAAUAAGAGAUACAUAUAUAAUUGGAAAUUUGUUACGGCUUUGAAAAACGCAAAAAUUCUGUUGAUUUUUGCUAUUUGAAUGAUUUUCUUCCAACAAAUAGUAUUCUGCCUCGACCAAUUCCAAUAUUUCUCUUGAAAUAGGGGAAUAAAUUUUCGAUUUUUCAUUUUUUUAUUGUAAUAAACUAAUAAAUCGUCAAAUCACAGAUAAAACCCUAUGGUCAAAUUCAAA